UCUUAACCUCCAGCCUUCAACCAAGUAUAAUUUAUCAGUUUUGGAGUUUAAUGAGCACGGCGAUGGACCUUGGAGCACUCCUGUCUAUGUACAAACUAUGCCAGAAAAUUUUAUUUCGAUACGAUUCACCUUACUUCUAAAGAACAAAAGAUUUACUCCAAAAUUACUCGAACGAAGUACAAGCGAGUACUUGUCCUUGGAACAGGCUUUCAAGUCGAAGUUGCAGAAGUUAUUCCAAAGCUCAAGAUCACGUGACUACAGCAUAUUCAAGAUAAACAUAAUCAAAUUUUAUAACGGAAGUGUUGGAGUUGAGUUUGACGUCACUGCUGAGUUGAUCAACAAUACGACAUCGUGGUCAGCUACACAAUGCAUCACGGGAUUGAUAUGGAAAGAAACUCGUGGAAAUUCACCAAAGUCUUUGCAUUUUUCGUCUUUGCAAGUGCAAGCUUCUCCACCACCUCCAGUCAACCUGACUGAAAAUAACGUCACUACCUCGUUCGUCACCAUUGGUUGGUCAGCACCUGCYUACCACGAUCCAUAUAACAUCACUAGCUACACUAUCGAGUACAAGAAGACAGACAUURAAAUGCAGUAUUUCAGGGUCGAUUCCGUAGGCUCUGAUAAAAGGACAACCACAGUAAAGAAUUUGGAAUAUGGUACUCGAUAUCUGAUGCGCGUUGUGUCGGUGAAUGCUUAUGGACAAAUGCAGAGUCAGGAUUUGAUUGUACAAACUAAAAGACCCGGCACAGAAGAAGAAAGCAGAGCCACAUACACUGCAAUAAUUAUCUUGCUGGUAGCAAUGUCUCUCGUCUUAAGCAUMAUUGUAGUUAUAUUUUGGAGAUGGUGGCGUAAGAAACUGCAAAAGGAGAAAGAGCUAACAGAACGGAUCCAAAGGCUGAUGGAAAAUCCUUACGAUCCCGAGGUGGACUGGUUCAAGCUUUUUAAAAUCGAUGUCGUUAAGCCAUGGUGGGAGAUACCUCGUGGUGACCUCACCCUCCAGAAUCAGAUCGGUUCAGGAGCAUUUGGCGUCGUGUUUCAAGGAUUUCUAAAGUUCACAGAAGAUGGGAAAGAGCGUGGAAUGUACUGCGCUGUGAAGAUGUUAAAAGAAAAUUCGACCGAGAGAGAAGUCCGUGACUUAUGCAGAGAAAUCAAAAUCAUGUCGACCAUUGGUGACCAUCCCAACAUAGUCAGCCUUAUUGGUGCGUGUACAAUCAAUGGUCCUCCAUUGCUUGUAGCCAAGUUUGCGCCAAACGGUUGCCUUCUUGACUACAUCAAAGAAAACCGGACAUUACCAGCAUAUGAAAACCAACCUCAAGACCGUGGUCGCAAAGGAAUUACCGCGAAAGAACGAUUGAGGUUUGCGCACGAUAUUGCACAAGGGAUGUCGUAUCUCGAAAGCCAGAAGUAUGUACAUCGCGACUUGGCUGCUCGUAACAUUCUUCUUGGUAAAGACAUGGUUGCCAUGGUUUCAGACUUUGGCUUGUCACGUGACGUUUACGAAUCUGGUGUUUACGAAAAUACAUCGGGGGGCAUUCUUCCUGUGCGAUGGAUGGCUCCCGAAUCUCUUCAAGACUUUAAAUACAGCACGGCAACUGAUGUGUGGUCAUAUGGUGUUCUUUUAUGGGAAAUGGAAAAUCAAGGCUUGGUUCCAUAUGGAGGUCUCUCCGGGCUUGAAAUCCUCCAUCACCUACAACAAGGCUACAGACUACCAAAACCACGUGACACGUCACCGACGAUCAAGGAAUAAACGACGCUAUWUCACUAGAAGAAUUCAGAGGGAAUAGUGAGCAUGGCUGUUGAAAUGACGUGUUUAUUUUCCAUAUAUGGUCUAAUGACGUCAUACUUGUAUUGACGCGGUGCAUCUUGGUGUUUAUUAAAGUUAUCAAGAUGGCGGUCUUGCAAAGAACGAUAAAGUUUCUUUGCAAAAUAGUUGAGUUUCGCGAUCUCUUUUACGCUCAAUUUCUGCGAAAUAUUCAAAAAUUUAGAUAAAACUCGUGAGAUUUCAAUAUAUUUCCAUUGUCUUCCAUACUCGCAGUUUUCGAUCCUGCAUUUGCACGUACUGUUAGUGAAAAAAAGAAUUUAUUACAUGGUUUUGCGGCUAAAGCAGCGUAAAAGAGAUCGCUAAAAGGGUUUAUUAACAUUAUUAAUAGAUAGGAAUAUUUUUGAGAAGAUGCAUGUAUAAUAGAGUAUACUAAUGAAAAAACGUGAUACAGGAUAGAAAUUGAGAAAUAUAGCUCUGUCUUUUCUUCUGCUAAGUACCGGCGUAGGAUCCUGGUCGAUUCAAAUUUGCCAAAUAAGUUGGCAAGCAAGGUACUCGAAGCUUAAACUCAAUGAGAUUCAUCAUGCUAUUAUAUAAUAGUGUUUAAUUUGAUUUGUCAUAAACUAUUGCUAUUAAUUAAAAGGAAAAGAGGUUUUGAGGUACCACUCGAAUGUACUCGAAACCAUUGUGGUUAAUUCUUAAUAAAUUAAAUAUAAAUAAAAAUAUAAAAGACA